UUAAGUUGUUUCAAGGAGACGGCUCCUCCGAUCUCACAAGGAACGGUUCCAUUGAGAAGAUUACUACUGAGAUCGAGAACCUCAGCGGCUUUUAGUCCUCCGAUGGCGGUGGGUAUGGAACCGAAGAGGGAGUUGGUGGAGAUGUUCAGGUGCACCAAACUUGUGAGGAUCCAGAUGUUAGACGGUAACUCACCGGAAAAGCUGUUUGAAGAGAGAUCGAGGACCCGGAGAGCUGGAAGGAAGGCAACGAUACUAAGGGACGAACUUUGGGUGAACAUCCACUUAAGCACGUCUCCGGUGAAUGAGUUCUUGCUGACAUCAAUGGAGAUCAAGUUGGAGCAGUUGGAGAUGGUCUGCGGGAGCUCCCCAGCGAGCAUGUUAGAGGAUAGGUUGAGUUCCUUGAGAAACUCGAGAUUGCCGAGGGAGAAGGGGACAUUGCCGGAGAAGUUGUUCCCAGAGAGAUCAAGAGUCUCGAGGGACGCAACGUCGCCGAUCCAAUCAGGGAUAUCUCCGGCCAGAGAGUUACCUCGCAGUCGGAUAGAGGUGCAAGAGGAGCUGAUCGUUUUCAUAGAAUCCGGAAGAUUCCCAGACAAGUAGUUGUCACUGAAAUCAAGCGACUUUAGGGAAGAGCAGCGUCCCAUGUCGGAAGGAAGGUCACCGGAGAACCAGUUUCUGGAAAAGUUGAUGAGGCGGAGAUCGUAGAGGGCGGAGAGACCGUCGGGGAUGUCUCCCUGGAGGAAAUUGUCAGAGAAAUCAAGAGACUUUAAGCUCUUGAGGGACCCCCAGAUAUCUCGAGGUAGUCUCCCAGAAAGAUGAUUGCUUGAGAGGUUGAGAUGGGUGAGAGUGGAACAGUAGGUUAGGGAGAGAGGGAGGGGACCUGUGAGUUUGUUGUUGGCGAAAGAGACGGAGCUCAAGGACCCGCAUUGCUCGAAGAACCCCUCAGGGAUCCGACCCGAGAGAUGAUUCCCGCUAAAGUCGACGACUUGGAGGCUGCCGAGGUGAGGGAACUCGGGGUUUAUGGUUCCGGUGAGGUUGUUGUUGGAGAGGACCAAGGCGCGGAGGAACUGUAGACGGAGAAGGCCACGGCCAAUGUGACCGGAGAGAGAGAAGGCGUCGAG